UGGUGGUUGGCUGGUCAUUUGACUGUGGUGUGAUGAGUAUUUCAUUCGUUCGUAUGCUCGUUCGUUUGCCUUCGUUGGUACUCUACUCAACUGGCUGGCCGUAUGGCUGAUACAAUGACUUGCUAUAGGCUGGCUGGUACUAGCAACGACUUUAUACUAGCGAACUGGCGAACGAAACACUUGGUAUCUGGUAAAGGCAAGCAAGCAAGCAAAACCAAAAACCGAAGGCAAACUCAACUAAACUGCAUUGAAUAAAAUCUAAAGUGAACACGCAAGGCAAAACUACAAGGCAGCCAUAGCCAGUGGAAGUAUAGAAGAAAUAUUAAAUUUUAGUGCGUGAAUUCAAAACGAAAUUACAGCAUUUUUUCCCACAGUUGAAAUUGCCAAUUUGCCGAUUAGCUGUGCUAAUAAUCUGUACUAAACGUUUCAAAUUUGAACAAUCCCAACAAAUAUUCAAAAUAUGGCCGGUGAACGUCCAAAGCGUCCUCUGUCAGCUUAUAUGCUGUGGCUGAAUGAGAAUCGUGAGCAAAUCAAGAAAGAUAAUCCCGGCAGCAAAGUCACAGAUAUUGCCAAACGUGGUGGUGAAUUAUGGCGUGGAAUGAAAGACAAAUCUGAAUGGGAACAGAAAGCAAUGAAAAUGAAGGAAGAGUACAACAAGGCCGUCAAAGAGUAUGAGGCCAACGGUGGCACAGACACCGGUGCUGCCAAGAAGCGGAAAGGCAAGCCCGCCGCGAAGCCCAUCAAGAAGACAAAGAAGAAAGAUACAUCCGAUGAAGAAGAAGAGGAUGAGAGUGACUAAGCGCUGGCGCGCUUGCAAGUUACUGGCGUUUAGCGGAGUGACGAAAACUUAAACUAUAAGUUUUAAAUAUUUUAUUAAAGUAAUUUUAAGUGGCAUAUACAAAUGUAUGUAUACAUAUUUACGGAUGACAUUGAUGGGUAACUUUAGUUAUACAUACAUACAAAUAUAUGCACUCAACAAAACAAAAACAAGAAAGAAAAUACAAAAAAAAAAAUAUACAAAAAAGAAAAAAAAACUUUACUUAAAAUAAAAUAGCCGUAAAAUUAAUACAAGUACAUAAAGUUUCCAGUUUUUAAAACGUUACAAAUACGGAAAACCACAUAAGAGGAAAACAAAUAGCAAAACAUUUUUGUAUUCCUUCCAACUGAGUUAAUUUUCUCAUUUUGAUUUUCCUUCAAAUGAUUUCCUACUAUAUAUUUUUUAGUAUGGUAUACUUUAAUUUUAUAUUGUAAAAUAUAAAUUAAUUAUGUAUUAGAUAAUCAUGCGAUUUUUCUUGCAUGUGCAUACAUUUAUAUGUAGUGAAAACUUGACAUGUUUAUGCGGUAGUCGAAAAAGUAUUUUCGUAUUUUGUCAAUAGUUGUUAUUGCAGUCGUAUAUCUCCAGUGCUACCAAUCAGAUUGUGUCAUACCAUAUAGUGUUGGAAAGAUGAGAGUUUAAACUUCCUUUAACCAAAAAAAAUUAAAUUCGGGGAAGUUGAAAAAAAGUUACAGCUAUUCUGAAAAGAGUGAAAAUAUUGCAGAAAUUCGCUAUAUUUUGAAAAAUUUUUUUUUAUAAAAGGAAAAAUGCAACGCAAAGCCACCAAUGAAAUUUGUGAAGUUUGCGGAGACGAUGCUGUAUCAGUUCAUCUAGCACAACAAUGAUUCGCUCGCUUCCGUUCUGAAAAUUUCGAUGUGAAAAAUGCACCUCACUCUGGUCGACCUAUCUUUGAAAAAGUCAAUGCGAUUCUUUGCUGAAACGAAUAAGACUUUUUCGACUACCCUAUAUUUAUAUUUUAAAAAUAUAAAUUUUCUUAUCUACUGCUAACUAUAUACCACAAUGAUCGCUGUUUUCUGACUAAAUAUUUUUUUUUUAUCUAGUUAAUAUUUAAAAGAAACUCUCUCCUUUCAUUUUUCACAUUUUACUGUAAGUUCGUUUUAGUUAUGUUUUGUAAAUUUACUUUAUGUAAUGUGAAACUUACAAAACCAGUAAUAAAAAACAAAAUGAAAUAAACAAAAUAUAUAUAAAAAAAUAAACUAAAGACAUUCAACUUAUUGUGUAUUUUCAUAUAAGCGUGGAAAAUAUAAAAAUUUCAGGCAAGCAUCGAUAUAACAAAAAAAAAACAAAAAUUUAGUGUAUUGUAUAUGCGAAAUGAAAAGCAGCAAACAAAAA